AUGUUGCAGGCAUGGCGUUUGAGAAAACAUCCAUCUCAGAGAGUGGCUUUGGACAUCCUGAGUGCUUCUCGCGCGCGCGAUGCUUCAACCGGGGAGUGCAGCAAAGGGCGGCGCCAAGGGUGGCGCGCCAUUUCAAGGCCCUCCACGGACGGCUCGGGGCGCCAGGCCUGCCGCCAGGUUUCCACACAGCAGGGGCCAUACUUGGAUCCAGUCGGUGGGUCGCCAGUUCAGAGCCACGACCAGCAGGCUUGGAUGAUCUCGUCCAGGCAUGCCAUCAAAGAGCAGACUUCACAUUUGGACACCCUGAUGCGACCUGUUCUCUACGAGGGAAAGUACUUGGAGAAACAUCAAGCGAUUGUGCAUGGUUUUGAUCCUGUUUUGUCCAAGGUGACUGACAAAUGGAGUAAGGACGCAGCGGAUGCUCUCGACCAGCUCGAGACCCAGACAAAAAUGAAAGACGAGUACGAUAAAAUCAAGCAGAACAACGAGCUGAUGAGCACGCUGAAACCUACCGCGAAGUGA